CCAAGUUAGUGAAAAUGUGCUCAUCAUAAUUCCUUUUUUACAAAGGGACAAAAACUCUGUGUUUUAUGUAUGUGUUAGCAGAGUUUCUUCUGGGAUUGGAAGAGUGGGGAAGAUUUUACAUCUUUAUUUCAUUCAGUUUUAUAUGUUUUUAAUAUUAUUUAAUUAACAAAUAAAGUAAAGGCCAAGGAGGAAAAUUGAAUUUUUUUUUUUCAUCCUAGUUUAUGCCCAUACACAAACAUUGAGCUAAAAUCUGUCUGGUCAAGGACAAUUAGAUGUUCAACACAACGCUGAAUUUUAUUUGUUGGUUAUUGAUUGGUGUAGUUUGUCAUAGACUUUUAAUGACUAGGUCAGAUAAGGCAAACUAUGAUUUUCCAUGGCUCAGUUACCUCUUUUGUAAAACAGGGAUAACGUUUUCACAGGGAUAACGCAUCUGUGAGAUAGUGUAAGGAUUGAAAAGCCCAAGUAGGAGAGACAUAAUAGGUUUGCUUCCCUGUAAAGGCAUCUUUGUUACCUGAGGGUCUUAGGCACCUUGGAGGUAUUGCCAUAAUGUAAUAAGCUGCUUUCUAAAGAAAUAGGCCAGAGUUUGUACAGUCAAGUAGGCAUCUUGUCUUUAUCCAUGGUGUUUCAAAAUAUUUUGUUCAAAAUAUUUUGGGAACCCCUUUUUCGAAGCUGCCUUUUGGUCAUUACUCAGAAGUGACACACUCAAAGCAGGUUUGGUUUUUGGAGACAUCCAAAGAUCAUUUGGAGUCAAAUUUGAUUAAUAAGGUAGAGAUCAAACUCUACAAUACAGUUUUUGUCUUUUAAGCUAGAUUAAGUUAGAGCUGUGCUUUGAAGGGUAGAUUUAUUUCUGCAGGAGACAGAUGAGACCUGACUGCCCCAAGUGGCUCAUAAUUGCUUAGGAUUGGGGACGGAUAAUUAAGCAUCAUUGUAAUACAAUGUGAUAAGGAAGAUGACAAAAAAUGUGUGUUAGUUGAGAAGACAUUUUAAAGAGAAAGAUGAGCAAGAAAAAUAUCACAAGGCGUACUUCUCUAUGACCAUUCACGUAGAAAUUCAGAAAUCAAAAGCCCAAAUCCUACGUCUGCUAUCCACCACUGAAGCUACAUAUUAAAACAUUUUAUCGCACCCGUAGACACAUUUGGGAGAUACUGUCCAUUAGGAAACUGAUGAGGUUGGCAACAGAAAUUUAUCAUUAGACUUUUGCUGAGUGCCCUCCCUUCUGGCCAAACCACUGCAAUAGCACAGGCACCUGGUGAGUUAUUGUUCUUAACCAGGUGAUAUAUCACAAUUCUCUUAUCCUAAUUGUGAUCAUUAUUCUGUGAAAAUGAUUUUAAUAAGCAUCACAUUCUGAAGGAAAAAAUGGUAGGUAUGUUACUAUGAAAUUUAAGACCUAUUUUGGGUGAAUUAUAAAGGAGGUAUCAAGGUCAAUUCUACAGGGUUGUUUCAAAAAUGUGUGAAGCACUGAGAUAAUACAUGUUGCCUUCAAAACAUGGGUAUCCAGAGGCUAAUACACACUUGCCUAUAAAAGUACCAGCAUAUUCUUAAAAACCUGUCUUGUUAAAUGUCAUCAUUUCUGGACCCUAGGGACAUUUGCCCACAGAUGACAUGCCUGUUGGGUAGCAGAGACCUCAAUUUGCAUAGUGUUAGAAUGGCUUUAACUUUCAUGCCUAAGUACUUAAUCUGUUUCACAGAAGGCUGACUUGUUUUGUCUUCUUCUUUUGCAAAAGCAGAUGACAUGGGAAAAAUACAAAAACAAAGACAACUGGAAACUCCUGUAGAAUCGUCCUCUUGCCCAAGGAAAAAGGGCUGGCACACCCCCAUGUCGCCUGACCAGUUCCUCCUGACCGUCAAUGCCCUGCAGCAGGCCCACAAUUCGGGGACAUUUGCCUAUCCCAGGAGGCCCCAAACCCAAGUCAUUGAUGCCUGGGGACCUUCGAUCUCCCACCCAAGGAAGGUCCUGAGUUUCAAAGGAAAAUCACUCCAGCCUGCAGUUGAUGGGUUGAGGCUCAUCAACUCCACCACAGUAGUGAAACAAACCACCAUUCCGCUUGAAAUCCAGAAACUGCAGCCCAACCUGAAGAAUUCUUUGCACAGUCCCAGAGUCCAGUCCACCAUACCCCAGCCCACGAUCAUCCGCUCCAGGCUCUCGGGCAGCUUCAAAGGUGAAGAAGGAGUGACCAGUUCUCUUGAAGGGGCAGCACGCACUGCUGGCCACCUGACCAGCAUGCACGUCAUCAGACCCAACCGCAUGGUCGCUCCGAGAGUGGGCACCACGACUCUGUGUCUCAAGAAAGAACGGCCUCGCUUCUACACAGCUCUCGAUCCCUUUAGAAUGAACACAGGGUUCAUGUUGUUGACCGUGAAGGAGGAGAAAGAGUACGGGGAAGCCAAGAUGAAGGAGUAUCAGGCCAGGGAGUCCACCAGGGUAGCUGAUCCAGAAAAAGCCAGAAAAACUGCAUGGCUCAGGAAGAUCAAAGGCCUGCCUAUAGAUAAUUUCAUAAAGCAAGGGAAAAUAGCGGCUCCUGAACUUGGGCAAAACACAUUUAUCUGAACCAGGCUUGGGAAAUUACACUGUCUUACAAUAAACAUAAAACCAAGUGGGUGUUGGGGUUUGGCCUUUUGCUUUGUCUGGACUGUUCCCUAGAAAUUAUUCUGAGAAUUCCUAAUUAUUUUUCUAUGAGCCUAAGAAUUGAAAUUAUCAAAGUGAGAAAACAGAAAGAGGCUGGGAGAGACUGGCAUCUGUACAUCCAUGGAAAACCAUUCAAUGAAACUGAGGGGGCAGAAGGGGGAGGAAGAGGUGAUCAUCAGAAAUGAGAUACCUCCCAUCAAUGACCCAUUUAGUGCUAUCAUUCUUUUCCAGCAAAUCAAGUGACAGGCUUAUAUCAGAGUUAUGCACUGGUGUGCCCUAGUAUUUUUGCAUGGAAUUUUGAUGAAGCUUGGUGAGUUCAGUUAAGAAUCUACAAGAGAAGGCCUCAAUGGGUUUGAGCGAUUGUAUUUGAGAAAGUUUUGUGUUCUUUUCUUUCUCAGGGGUCUCUCCUAUGGAAGAGAACUGAACAUAUUCAUCCUCUUUACACAAAAGGCCACUAACAGUGAGUGCACUGAGGUUUCUAUUUAAGCCUUUAGAGGAGUGUUGUCAGGGACCUGGUAGGUAAUUUACGAGAGUGAAGCCUGCACUGGGGCUGUGGCCCAUUGGAGAGUCUGCAUGCCACCCCGAGGGAGGAUAGCUCCCACUCAGGGGCUCAGCAUUGCCAGGUCUUCUGCUUCUUCAAGCGAAGCCAGAAACUCUGGUUUGCCUGUGACAUACCGUGAUAUUUUAAAGGGUAAUACUGAAUUUAAAUACAAUGCAAAUAAAAAACAAAAAUAUAUUAGAACAAAAAACCAAAACUACAACACUGGGUGUCUGGGCCCCAGAAGCCAGGGCGUGGUCAGCCUAGGUCCACAGCCCAUUUAUUCCCAACCUCGGCUCCUCCCAAGUGCAGGGAUGCAAUUGCCUUGCCAAGACCUCGC